AUGGCGACUCUUUCAGUCACCAGCGCCGGGCUGCGAUUGCCCGUGAAGCCGAACUCUAUUGCCACUCCGCCGCACGCGUUAGCUUCGUCGUUAACUCUCAUCCCCGUAACGCGGCGUUUGAUUGCGGCUCCUCCGCGGGCCCCGCGCGUGGGAGUUAAUCUCCUGAGGCUUUCCGCAUUCCAGCCUGGCGCAGCUCGCGCGGCUGUCGGAGAAACGACGGACCGACGAAACGCCGGCGCUAAGCGCGGCGGAGAUGGCGCCGCGAAUCGCGUUCAUGAUGUGAUUAUGGCGGAUGUGAGCGAGGAGGCGAAGUCGCGGCUCAAGAAGCUUUCGACGUUCCCGUCAAUUGCGGAGAAGCAGCAGGGACGGGACUCAGGCUCUUUACCUCGUCGCAUUCGUGGAAAAGCAUCAAAUUCCGCUGAGUCGGCGAGAGUCGAGGGCGACUGGCCAAUCUCGUGGUGCCACGUCGCCGACAACGUGUUGAUCGGGUCGCCGCUGGCGACGGCUGCCGACGCCAAGGCUGUCCUUGCGGCUGCUGACGUCACUGCCGUCGUGGCCCUUAUGACGGAGCAGCAGGAGCGGGAGCUGGGCGUUGAUUGGCCGGCAGUCGCGGCGGCAGUCACGGAGGCGGGAGGGGCGGCGGUGCGGGUGGAAUCGGUGGAAACGCUUGGGGAGAGUGCUGCUGUUGCUGCAGCAGCCGCAGCAGCAGCUGGGGAGAAGGGAGACUCUUCCGCCAAUGCUCAGGUGCCUGUGCUGCUCGAGGCUGUGCGCGUGGUGGCGUCGCUGGCAGCGUCGGGGCAUCGGGUGCUGGUCGUCAGCUGUCAGCCCAACGCUGCCAGCGCGCUGACUGCUCUGGGAUACCUCUCCCUGGUGAAGGGAGAGACGGCGGAGGCAGCAGCAGCGGCGCUGAAGCGCGUGUGCCCCUCGGCCAGACCGGCUCUAGAGGCGCUUGAACAGACCCACACGCACCUGGCGGCGGGCAACAGCCAGCGGCUGACAAAGCUGGCGGCAGCGGAGCUGCAGCAGCGCAUCGCCAAGGGCGUCAGGGGGAGCUCUGCAAGCGACUGGAAGGCGGCAGAGAGGAAGCUUGCAAUGGAGGGCUUCCAGCGCAUGGUGGCUGCUGACGUGGCGCUCUCUGAAGCGCUCUCCAAGGCUGCCAUUAGGAGAGCAACAAGGGAGGCAGAGAAACAGAUUGAGGGCGGAGCGGCAUCCCCCCAGGAGAAAGUGAAUAUUCUGAUGGCGCAGAUUCAACAGCUGGAGGCGAGGCAGAAGGCAGCAGCAGAAGCUGAAACAGCCGCCACGGACCGAAUCUCCUUCUUUCUUAACCAGCUGACGACCCUCCGAACCAAGCACGCCGAGGCUGAAAAGACCGCCAAGGCAGCCUCGGCCCGAGCCUCGAGGCUCGCCACGCAGCUGUCCGCCGCAGCUAACCGCGAGGCGUGGUCCCAAGCCUCCGCCGAAGCUGCCCAGGGGAGGAUCGGGGAGCUCGAAGCUGAGGUGGCUGGGCUGCGGGAGAGAGAAUCGGAACUGAUCGAGGCUCGGCGGAAAGCCGAGGCUGAAGCGGAGGAGGCAAAGAAAAAGGCAGAGGCGCUGAAGGCUGAAGUGGUGAAUGUGGGGGCGAAGCAAGAGGAGGCUGUUGCGGCUAUGGCUGAGGCGAAAGAGAGGAUCGGGUUCCUGUCUGGGGUUGUGAAGGAGCUGGAGCAGAAGGAGAAGGCGGCGCGUAGUGAGGUGGCUUCGGCUGUACAGAUGACGCAAGUGGUGGAGAAGCGGGAGCAAGCAGCGCUGGUGAAGGUGAAGGAUCUGACCACCCGCGUGGCAGCUCUAGAGACGGAGGUGGCAGCAGCGCAUGAGGCAGCGCGCAUUGCCAAUGGGAAGUGCGAGUUCUUCGCUCGUGUGAUGGAGACGCUGAGGGAGAGGGAGCAGGCUGCUCUAGCCCAGGCGAGACAGGCUAACACGCUGCUGGCAGGGGUGAAGGCUGAGCUAGCAGCAGCAAAGGAACGGGAGGCGAGCCUGCGAGCUUCUUGGAAGGAGGCUGUAGCGCGCGCAGAGAAGGUCGUGGCGGAGCUGGGCGCGGCUAAGCGGAUGCAGGGCGAGGCUGUGAGGGAGAGAGAGGCGGCUGAACUGGCUCUGGCUGCUGCUGACAGCCCCAUGAUGGCUAAAGCAGCGCUACAGGCAGCCAUCAACAACGAGGCAUACCUCACAGCCCUCGUCAGCACGCUCACAGCCCGCCUGUCUGACGCUACAGCCGAGCGCGCUACAGCCGGGGAGAGGAUGCGCUUCCUGGAGCGACAGCUGGCGGAGGGGAAGGAGAGGGAGAGGGAGGCGAGGGAGAGAGUGCGGGCGGCGGAGAGGGAGAAGGAGGGGCUGGUGGUGCAGGUGGAGAGAGUGAAGAAGAGCGAGGAGGAGGCGCGGCGGGAGGUUGGGGUGCUGAUGCAGAAACUCGACAGCGUCGCUGCUCAGUCCAAGGCAGCGGAGCAGGUCGAGGGGGCAAUCGUGAUAAUGCGAGCACAGGUGGACGUGCUUCAAUCCGAGCUGGCAGCGGCGAAGCAGACGGCCGAGGCUGCAAGCGAGCGCUCCUCCUUCCUGCUGCGCCAGAUGGAGUUGAUUAAGUCCCGCCAGCAGCAGAAACUGGAUGCUGCUGUUGCCGAGGCAGUUUCGGCUGAGCAGAAGAAGAGUGGUGCUUCUAGUCCUGUUGCUUCUAACGCAGAAGCUAUUAUGGAGGCGGCUGUUGAGAAGCUCCAGAAGCAGCUCGCGGAGGCUCGGGCUGAGGCUGAGGCAGCUUCGGAGAACGUGUCGAAGCUGGAGGGGAGGGUUGGGCAGUUGCAGGCGAAGGAGAAGGAGGCGAAGGUGCUGCUGGGGCGGGCAGAUGAAAAGAUUUCGGACCUGUUUGUGCAGCUGUCGGCUGCCCGGGAAAAGGAGAAGGUGGAGGCGAAGGCUCUCAUGAAGGCUCGGGUGGAGCUUGGGGAACUUUCUGGGAAGGUUACAAAGCUGGAGGUUGAGUUGAAGGAGAAAGAGGCUAUGGUGGGAGGUGUGGGGAUGGGCGUUGGUGCUGCUGCUACUAAGAUGGUGGUUGACUUGUCUAAGGGAGCUAAGGAGCUUCACAGCAGCAGGCUUCAGGACUCGGUCGCCCGCCUGGGGCAGAGCGUCACUGCCAAGUCGGCUGCAUCCGCUGUUCCUGAUAAGGAGGAGGAGGAGAUUAUAGCAGCAGCGGCCAACCUGCGGGAGGCAGUAGAAGCACUCAACACCCCGGCUACCAACGGCAGCGCCACCAACCCCUCCUCGCUCCGCUCAUUCGACGAUGCUGUUCAGUUUGACUCCAAGUCUCCUGAAGCCGUUCCAGUACCUGCCAAGUAUCGCAACUCCAACUGA